AUGUUGGAACGGCGGGGAAUGCAACAGUGUAGACCAGCGGCAACGCCUUUGGAUGCAGGCUUUACUGUAGGAUGCAAAAGCAGUACAUGUAAACGAGUCGAUGCGGUAGAGUAUCAAUCCAUGAUUGGGGAAUUAAUGUAUUUGGCUGUAUGCACACGUCCGGAUAUAAUGCAUUCAGUAUGCAAAUUAACUCAACGCAAUUCGGACCCACACAUUGAACAUGAAGCCGGAAUAAAACACAUUUUGAGGUAUUUAGCGGCUACUAAAGAUCUACGCCUAUAUUAUAGCGCAUUUGGAAAAUCAGUUGAAGGGUUCGCCGAUGCAGACUGGGGCCAACGAUUUGAUUGA